AUGAGGCUCUGGCAGAGACUCGCCGGAGCCCUAAAAGACAGGAACAGCGUAUGGGUGGCUCAGCUGUCUCGCCGCACCUCCUUCCGCAACCCCGAUCUGGAAGCCGCCAUCAUCAAAGCCACCAGCCACGAUCAACAUCGCAUCGAUUGCAAGAACGUCCAGCGCGUGUUCCAAUGGAUUCGCACCUCUCCUCUAUACCUCAGGCCCCUCGUCUGGGCUCUCGCCAUGCGAAUGCAAAAGACUCGAAGUUGGGUCGUCGCUCUCAAGGGCUUGAUGCUCAUGCACGGCAUUUAUUGUUGUAAUAUUGCCGUUAUUCAAAACAUGGGUCGAUUGCCCUUCGAUCUGUCCAAUUUCAGCGAUGAGCAUGCCAACCCGGACAGGGCUCGAAAUCCGCCUUUAUAUCCAUGGAAUUUCAGAGACAGAGCAAACAGGGCAAAAAAAACAGAGGACACGUUGAUGGAAGAAUUGGAGAAAUUGCAGGCGAUGCAAGAUUUGAUUGACAUGCUGCUUAAGAUUAAACCAGAGUACUUGAAUUUGCAGAAGGCUCUUAUUCUAGAAGCUAUGGAUUGCGUUAUCGUGGAGCUUUUCGACGUGUAUAGUAAAUUCUGCAAAGGGAUUGCCCGAGCUCUGUUGAGGAUAUAUGAUAUUGGCGGGAAGACGGAGGCUAGCGUUGGGCUUAAGGUUCUCCGGAAAGCAGCAAUCCAAAGCGGCCAGCUUUCUGCAUACUUUGAUUUCUGCAGGGAAAUUGGCGUGCUCAACGCUUCUCAAUGCCCCAAAAUGGAGCGAUUCCCUGAAGGGUAUAUCCAAGAUCUGGAGAGAAUCAUCAACGGGGCCGAUGAGAAGGAAAGCUUGAAGAGUGACAAGGAUGAAGGCAAGGCCAUGGUGUUCAAUGUGAAUGCCAUUGCCUGCAAGGAUGAACGCAAGGGAUCAGAUGGUAUGAAGACGGUGAUCACAAAAAAGUGGGAGGUUUUUGAUGAUGAAAUGGUGCUCCAUGAUGGAGCAAAAGCCACUUUCUCAACCAACCCUUUUGAAGAAUCAUAUUGCAUCGUUCCCUACCAAGCAGUUCAUAAGCAGAAAAGCGUAGACAGAAAGGUUCCAAGAUCUGACUUGCAAUUUCAUGUCUGUAGCAGAGUAUCGGGAGUCUUUUCAUCUGCUCUUGUUUUCUCCGUCGGUGUUAGGGAUGUUCCCGACAUGGAAUUUCCGUCGUGA